CACUGACUCUGAUAACGGAGAGUGAAGGAUUGCUUGUCUGACAAACGCAUCUUGACGUUGGGAACGUAAUCACGUGACACUAAGCGUCGGAGUUUCGUCGGUCGAAAAACGAUCGGGAAUUUGUGAUAGAAACCUGCGAACUGUUGAAGAAGCCGGGAGAAAGUUAAAUUGUUAAAGGCACUCUGAGAAACACCUUGCGGUUCGUCCCAGUUCAGUUUUCUCACGAUAUUGCAGCUAUCAAAGAAAACCUGCGGACUGACAAACUUAUAUGAAGCGCUGAAGCUUUUCGUUUUGGAUAUCGUUAUAUGAGAUAAGCGAUUUAUCGUCUGGUCGGUGGAAUAAGGACUUAAAGACAUAACUUUGGCGGACCACGUCAUGAAUAUGAGGGUGCUUUGCCUUUUUGUGUUGAUAUGCGUGACUCUUAACAGAGCGGAGAAGGCAAAGGAGCAUAGGAUUAAGAAGCGUCACCUUGGGUCCCUCGCCCGUCACAACUGGCUUCCAAAGCCCGCCAUCCGAUACUACCCGUUCCUUCCGUCCGAUGAUGACAGACUGCCUUACGCCGAACCCCUCUACAUGCGCGAUCGGCGCUAUCUCGGCUCUUUGCUUCGCUCGGGGUUUGGCACGAGGAAGGAAAAUUACCCUUGGUGGAAAAACCCAGAUGGUAGUGUAGAAAACACGGAAAUGUACAAAUAUCCGGGAGUUUUUGGAGUGGGAGAAGUCCCGCGAGAUCAACGGAAACGAGAGUAUGAUGAUUAUGAAACCGAGGUUUGGGGUGAAGGUCAUUUGCCUGAUUGGUUGGAUAUGGGAGUGGAUGACGGACCUGCAAGGCGGAGGCGUGAAACAGAAGAGUCCGAUUCUGAUGAUUUGGAUGAUGAGGUGAUAAAGCGACACCUGGGGUCGGCAAUGAAGUUGAGACUGGGUAAAGAAGAUGACAAACGCCAUCUAGGAUCUCUGAUGAGGGGAAAAUUUGGCAAGAGGAAUGAUGAAUCUGAAUUUGAUAAACGCCACCUUGGAUCAGCGAUGAAAUCUAGGCUGGGUAAAAAGGAUGAUGACGAAUUUGAUAAACGCCACCUUGGAUCAGCAAUGAAAUCAAGGCUGGGUAAAAAGGAUGAUGACGAAUUUGAUAGACGCCACCUUGGAUCAGCAAUGAGGCUGGGUAAAAAAGAUGAUGAGGAAUUCGAUAAACGACACCUUGGAUCGGCGAUGAAAUCUAGGCUGGGUAAAAAAGAUGAUGACGAAUUUGAUAAACGACAUCUUGGAUCAGCAAUGAAAUCAAGGCUGGGUAAAAAGGAUGAUGACGAAUUUGAUAAACGCCACCUUGGAUCAGCGAUGAGGCUGGGUAAAAAAGAUGAUGAGGAAUUCGAUAAACGACACCUUGGAUCGGCGAUGAAAUCUAGGCUGGGUAAAAAGGAUGAUGACGAAUUUGAUAAACGACAUCUUGGUUCGGCAAUGAAAUCAAGGCUGGGUAAAAAGGAUGAUGAAGAAUUUGAUAAACGCCACCUUGGAUCAGCUAUGAGGCUGGGUAAAAAGGAUGAUGACGAUGAAUUUGAAAAACGACAUCUUGGAUCAGCAAUGAAAUCUAGGCUGGGUAAAAAGGAUGAUGACGAAUUUGAUAAACGACAUCUUGGAUCAGCAAUGAAAUCAAGGCUGGGUAAAAAGGAUGAUGAUGAAUUUGAUAAACGCCACCUUGGAUCAGCUAUGAGGCUUGGUAAAAAGGAUGAUGACGAAUUUGAUAAACGCCACAUUGGAUCAGCAAUGAAAUCUAGGCUGGGUAAAAAGGAUGAUGACGAAUUUGAUAAACGCCACCUUGGAUCAGCAAUGAAAUCUAGGCAGAGUAAAAAGGAUGAUGACGAAUUUGAUAAACGCCACCUUGGAUCAGCAAUGAAAUCAAGGCUGGGUAAAAAGGAUGAUGACGAAUUUGAUAAACGCCACCUUGGAUCAGCUCUGAGGCUGGGUAAAAAGGAUGAUGACGAAUUUGAUAAACGACAUCUUGGAUCAGCAAUGAAAUCAAGGCUGGGUAAAAAGGAUGAUGAUGAAUUUGAUAAACGCCACCUUGGAUCAGCAAUGAGGUUGGGUAAAAAAGAUAAUGAAGAUUCGGGUAGAAAUAGUGAAAGCAAGAGGCAUUUGGGUUCGUUGAUGAAGGGAAAGUUUGGUAAGAAAGAUGGUGAAUUUGAGAAACGUCAUCUCGGUUCACUCCGAAAAUCACAGUUCAGGAAAAUGGAUCAGAAUGAACUUGACAAACGCCAUCUUGGAUCUCUAAUGAAGGGAAAAUUUGGGAAAAAGGAUGAUGAAGGGGAGGUUGGCAAGCGUCAUCUGGGGUCCGCUAUGAAGUCCAGAUUAGGCAAAAAGGAUGAAAUCGAUAAACGCCACCUGGGGUCCGCCAUGAAGGCAAAAUUUGGCAAGAAAGACGACGUCGAGGUGGACAAACGCCAUCUUGGUUCGAUCGCGCGAGGUAGAACGAGAUCGAGGCGGUCAGCCGAUGUCCUUGGCCGUGAGGAAUCCAAGAGGCAUCUCGGGAGGGCGAGAAACUGGCGCAUUGGGAAGCGAGAUGAUGAGAGUGACGAGAUUGAGUUCGAAAAGCGCCACCUAGGAUCGGCAAUGAACGUCCGUUUUGGGAAACGUUUUAACGAUGACGAGGAUGUUGUUGAUAAAAGACAUCUGGGUGCUUUAAUGAGGUCAAGGUUACGUCACCGAGAAGAUGACGAUGACGUUGAUAAGCGCCACCUGGGGUCCGCCAUGGGAUCUCGGUUUAGAAUGUAUGACAAACGCCAUCUUGGAUCAGUGAUGACCUCCAGAUACCGGCUGUACCAGAAUCGAGUGAAUGGUAUGAGGAACAAGAAACGGGACUGGGAAGACGCGGAGGUCGAUGAUGCUGAAACUAAGAGAUUCCUCGGUGCAGCUAUAAGAUACAGACAGCGCCAGAGGGAGGCAGAUAAAGACAAGCGACAUCUAGGCUCUGCCAUGAAGUUUGGUAAACGCCAUUUAGGAUCUGCUCUGAACUAUCUGAGGGAUUCGCGGUAUAACGUAGCGAACAAGGAAAACCAGAAACGGUCAACUGAACAAGAAUCUUAGUGACUUUGCUUAUGUGAUAGAAUUUACCUUUAAGGUUUGUUUGGACGAUGUCAGUGGUGAUAUGCGCCAGAGAGGGCGCAUGGCAAUAUGCGCUGCGAGCUGCGCGUUGCUCUAUCCUCAAAGCGCCGAGGGACCAGUCAGACCUGCGAAGCCACUUCACCCUGAUCUGAUGUGUUAAUGGUUGUAGAAAUUGUCGGUUGCGGUAGUCGAAUAACAUCCCGCAUCUUCAAUCAAUCCUGGUCUUUGGCCACCUGGCCUUGUUGGUGGGGACCACACUGCUUCGAAACAAGACGCCGGACGUACGCUUAGGUGUAGAGCAGGAAUGAUUCUUUAUUUCUCUGCGCAGUGUAAGUGGCUAUCAUAGUCCAUACACUAGUAUAGUCAUGUAUAUUUGUGUGACGUUUCCCUCUUCUUCAUCAUUUGCACGUCGACGCCAUCUUAUUUCAUUGGGCCACAUCAGGCUAGUGACUAUCGAGGAUUCUCUCGUUUUUCAGUGUCCUAUUGGAAAGUACUCUACGAAAAGUGAACUUAAAAGUCGGAGAAUGACGUAUUGAAAUACAUGUACUUUCAGUGUCUGAUUUGGUGCCUCUUGAUAUCUAUUCUAACAUUGUUUAGAAAUAGUUUCUCUUUGAAAUUAUGAAUCUGACAUAGGAAGAGUAGGCGUCACCGACUUUGGGGAAUCGAAGGCUCCGCACCUCUGUGGUGGUAGCUCUGAGAAAUUAAGAAAAAUCCGAGGAACUUUUAAGUGUCGGACCCUAUCCCAGGUGGUGUGAGUCGGAUGCGUCAGACCGGUUUUCGUUUCUGCAAAUAAACACUGAACUCCGUCACGGCCGCAAAAUUCCUCUGCAUAGUUGUACAUGUACGGUAUUUAAGCCCUUCAAUGUGAGGACAUUUUAAGAUCUGAAUUUGUUAUUUGUGACAGAAUAAAUGGUUUUUCUUCCAAACUUUUUAAAGCAUCAGCUAGCAGAUGGUCUCAAGCUCAUCAAACGGCGUAGAUUUGACGACUAGUAAUAUGCUGGUAGACCUUGCUUUGGGAGACCCAGCUAAAGUAAUGUAUAACGGACUCCUCUUCUUCUGGUUGGUCCCUCGGUAGUUAUGGAGAUAACAGUCGGUAUUGAAUAGAAACAGAUUGUAUUAUAUUAUAAUAAUGUCUAUUUUUGUAGCUGAACAAUGCUGAAGGACAAGUGUGUACAUUACAUUGCCUAGACCUGGACAGGAUCUGACGCGAAAAGUACCACCAAGACUAUGGAAACGACACAGACGGUUUCAGCCAUGACAUCAUGAAUUUGCCGCAGCCUGACUCGUCGCCGAACAGAUACUCGUAAAAGUCGGCGUUUGCCGACAUUGCCGAAGUCUCACUCCCAGAUGCCUGGAGUAGAUCACAGGGGUAUGAAGAUACCAGAAUUAUAGCGACUGAUCAGCCCUACAAUCAACUGAUACACAUCCACGAACCUUAUUCAAAACAUAUCACGCACACCUCACUCUUUAUGUGCAGUUUUUAUGCGUUUUCUGGCGGCUGCGUGGGGGUUGAUCGAUCGCAAAUUGAUUGAUUGAUUGAUUAUGGUGUAACUUCGCGCGCCUGUGACUACAUUGUAUAACGGAAUUAUAUGUUGGCAGAGAGAAAUAGCCUUCGACCUAAUCGGAAAAGGGAGAGUAUAAAACGUAGCGAAUCUCGAGAUGAUAAGUCCAUCGAUCGAGAUAUUUCAGGGAAAACUUUUAAACGUUAAAAAAAUAAAGACUAAUGUGAUGUCCAUUCCCAGCCAUCGUAUCAUGACGACCUACAUACAGGCACCAUCUUUUCUAAAAAUCGCUAAUUUGCCAAUCACCUCAUCGCAACGUUUUGUCAUCUCCUUUUGGAGAGUGCUGGUAUUGCGAAGGAAAUGAUGGUCUGUGCAACGCUAAUGAAAUCUCUGAUCGUAUAGAUGAAUACACUCCACAACAUAAACAGUAUAUGCCUUAAUUAGUGAGCUCUUGGCGGUCGGAGUGACAAAAUAAAAGGCCUGUUUGAGGCUUCUUUCGUAAACUCAUAAAUAUUCGACAAACGUGGCUCUGUGUCCUGUCCCGUGCAUGCUUUAGAUGUACGUGUUGGGAGGCCAACGACGAAGGUGGUGGUGCCGGACACACUGGAUAGAUGUUGUAGCCGGCGUCGAUGCAGAGAGUGGAGGUUUAGAGUUGCAAGAGAGGUGUUGAAACAGAGAUGACUGACGGCUCAAGACCGUAUUGUCCGGAGGGAUGCGCUGGCACAGUCAGCAUAGAAAUGACGUCACGUUGCGGGAGUGAGUGAGUGUGAGUGGUGUACGUGUAUCUCAAAUAUUUCCUGUGACCGUAUCCUCAGACCGUUCCCUCAGUAGAUGCGACCACGUCCACAACUGUUGUUACACUGACCAUUCCCUCAGUAAACAUGACCGUAGCUUCAAUGACUGCCGUUAUACUGGCCGCUCUCUCAGCAGAUGUGACCGUACCCUCAGCUUUCAUUACACUAACCAUUUCCUCAGCAGAUGUCACCACGUCCAUAACCACGUAUUUGUUGCUGAAACAAUCACAUUGAAAGCCCCCCCCCCCCCCUCCCACUCGCCCACCCAUACUAAUUUUAA